AUGGGCUCCGCCGAGGGGGAUGGAAGCGCAUUGCCGGAAUUCGCCGAGGUAACGUCCCCAACCGGCCGCUACGGCAAACCUCCCCAGCCUGACCGCCCGCGCCGCCCGACCGCGAUGCCACCCACGCCGCCGGAGACGGAGACGGAGACGGAGCCGGAAUUCGCCGAGGUCAACCCCACCGGCCGCUACGGGCGGUAUUGGCAUAGAUACAAAGCUUUCGAUCAACUUGAAGGACUAGAAGUUGCUUGGAACCAGAUCAAAGUUGGAGAUUUACUUCGGAACAAUGAUGAUUUGGAGAGGCUGAGAUCAGAAGUGCGGUUGCUUAAAACCCUCAAGCAUAAAAACAUAAUAAAGUUCUACAAUUCAUGGCUUGACAAAAGAAGCAACAAUAUAAAUUUCAUCACGGAGGUUUUCACAUCAGGGACGUUGCGCCAGUACCGGAUUAAGCACAAGAAGGUAGACAUUAGAGCUUUAAAGAAAUGGUCAAGGCAAAUCUUGAGUGGUCUUGUCUACCUGCACAGCCAUGAUCCACCAGUGAUCCAUAGAGACUUAAAAUGUGACAAUAUAUUCACGAAUGGAAACCAGGGUGAAGUAAAGAUUGGAGACCUUGGUUUAGCGAAUAUCCUGGAUAAUGCACGUUCAGCUCAUAGUAUCAUUGUGCAGAAAACAAAAGGAUCUUUACCUUUGGAUGGUGAUGCUAUGUAGAAGAACACUGCAGCAAGUUCUUCUUAGGAAUAAGGGUGUUCUCGACAAAGAAAGCUUGUACCUUAAAACAGGAGGAUACAAGAAGCUGGAGUGAUUGUCUGAAGGCUUUUGAACUGCUUGAAGCAUUAGUGUAGCUUUGGUGCUUUUGUGACUGAUCAACUCUGGAGCAGCUAGAGUGAUGUAGUUGUGGGCUUUUGAACAAUAGCUGGAGUGAUAUGAAACAUUAGUGAUGUAGUUGUGGGCUUUUGAACUGCUUCAAGCUGGAGUGAUGUCAAUGUGGUGCUUUUGUGAUUGAUCACCUUUGGAGUUUUUGUGAAUGAUCUAGCUAGCUAUCUGUAAAUGAUCUAGUUGUGAAUGAUAUUAUAAUUGUGAUGCUUUUGUGAAUAUAUAAUUGUGGUGCUUUUGUGUUUAUGUGAUGGAUUUAUGACUGCGGUAUACUGAUUAAUUGUGUAUGCCUUUAUGA